AUGGAACAACCAUGGGUUGCGGACAGAAAGGCAUCAGAGCCCCUUGCAGCUUUUUGUAAGAGGUUGCAGGGACGGCCAAGCACUGCAAUGCAGGACAUCUUUGGUGCCAGAACUGCACCAGAGGGAGGUGUUCAUGCUGCAGGAGCAAUAGGAGGUGAUGCUGAUCCAGAUGGUGCUGGGACUGCAGAAGCCUCUACUUCACUCCUGGAUCAUUCUGUACUCGGUUUUUCUAGGAUGUGCUCCAGUUUUGAACUUUUUGUUCAUGAGUUCUUCCCAGUAAUGACUCCAGUUUCCAUCACUGUCUAUCAGGACUUCUCUUCAGCCUUCAACACCAUCCAGUCACACAUGUUGAUAGAGAAGCUUGACAAACAUGGGUGUAAACCUCACUCUUGUAAAGUGGAUUCAGGACUUUUUGAUGGGCAGACAACAAAUAAAAGCCCCUGUGCUUGUGAGCGAUGUUUAUCUGAAGAUGAUCCGUGGUUUAUGAAGCGUUUCAACAAAUCUGUUGAACCAUUUUUGUCAGCAAACUACAAUCUCUCAGAGGACAUUUCCAACUGGUGGAAGCGCUUACAGCGUGCAAAGGGCAACUUCAGUACCUUCAGAGGAAAAGUGGACAGGCUGUUUCUGACAGUGCCACCCAGUCCAGAUGUUCUAGAAUCCAGCCCUGACCGCUGCAGGACUUGUGCUGUGGUGGGGAAUUCUGGUAAUUUGAGGAGAUCACAUUAUGUAUCUCUCAUAGAUUUCCACGAUGUCAUCAUAAGAGUGAACGCUGGUCGAAUCAAAGGCUUUGAAGCAGAUGUUGGGACCAGAACAACUCGUCGUGUCAUGUAUCCAGAGAGUUCUGUGGAUUUAGAUAACACCACUCAUCUUGUGCUGGCUCCAUUUAAGAUGGUUGGCUUUGACUGGCUCACAGGAGCCCUCACCACAGGAUUUACGUCAAUACCACGUUGGGGUGUAAGAUCAAAAAUCAAAGCUAACAAGGAUUUGGUGAUGGUACUUAAUCCAGCUUUUAUGAGGUAUGUUCAUGACAGGUGGCUGGAAAAGAAAGGUUAUUACCCCUCCACUGGCUUUCUGGCUUUGAUUCUUGCCCUGCAUAUGUGUGACGAGGUCAGUGUGUUUGGUUAUGGAGCAGACAGUGAUGGAAACUGGAGUCAUUACUGGGAAAAACUCAUGAAAAAAGACUUAAAAACUGGAGCACAUCCUGGAGAUACAGAGUAUAAAAUGAUCCAGGAGCUAGAUGAGCAACAGAAACUCAAGUUUUAUACAGGGUUCUGAUGUUUCUCUCAGCAUUUAAAGGAAGGUUAGUAGUAGGUAACAGUAGAAGAACUUGAAGGGCUAAAUUUUUUCCACGGUUAAGACGGUUAAGAUACCAAUCUUUGUGUUUUUGCACGUGUAUGUAAAUCUCCUGGGUUUGCUAGGCAGAUGCUACUUCUGAAUGAUUAUUUGCAUGUGUUAA